CGGUAACGUUACGGGUGUUUCGGCAUCUUUACGCUCUAGUUUCAUUCACGUCAAACGACUGAAAGCAGCGGAGAAAUGGACGAAAAAGAAGAGCUCGGCUCAUUUGAUCCGAACAUACCAGAGGAGGGACCUUCAGCUCCCCCUGCUGGCUGGCUGGAAGACGUUCACGGAUACCAGAGCCACAAUGGAGAGGAUGAGAACCCGUUGUAUCCACCUCCCCCUGCCUACAACCCCCAGCCUGAACUCAACAGAAACACUUCGGUGCCCAAUGUCAGAGUCCCCACAAUAUCGGAGGAUGUGGCCCGAGACGCCCUGCUGAAGUUUGUGGAAUCCAAAUGGAGGUACAGCUCCAAACCUGCCAGGAACCUGACCUUCAAAGAGCUCAAACCCAUCACCGUGUACAGGUAUCGACUGGAGACCUACACUGAGACCAGAACCAGCGGCUGGAAGUUUGAACCCUACAAUGGACAGGUGGUGGAUGGGCCUCAGUACGGUGUCAGCCCUCCACCCUGGGACAUUCCUGUGGCGAUGCCUCAGACGUUCACCGACAUCGUGGAGAAGGUCCGCGUGCCGCACUCGUGCCUCGUGAAGACGUGUCACAUGUGCGCCGGCUGUGGACGAACUCGCUGUAUCAGCUGCAGUGGUCGAGGCCAGAAGCGUUGUACAGCCUGCCACGGCAAAGGGCACAGAGUGCAGCACGGGAAUCACAAGCGGUCGUCCGGGACCAGACGUUGUUCUUCUUGUCACGGAAGAGGCCGCAAGAGGUGUAACUCCUGCCAAGGCCUCGGGUUCAAGAUCUGCUCUGUUUGUCACGGCAGCCAAAACCUGCUGCACUUCAUCCAGCUCACCGUGACAUGGAAGAACAACAUCUCUGAUUUUAUUCCCGACCGCCAGCCCGACUUCCCCGACAAGAAGUUUGAGAAGGUGACAGGAGAUCCUUUCUUCGUUGACGAGAGCAUCCUGGUGUACCCAAUCCAGGGUUUCCCCGAUCAGGAAAUCUGCGACGUCUCUACAAAAAUGAUUAACGAACACCUCGAACGCUUCAGUUCCACCAGCCGCAUCCUGCAGCAGCGUCAGACCAUCGAGCUGGUGCCGCUGACUCACGCUCAUUACACCUACAGCGGAAAGGACUACAGCUUCUUUGUGUACGGAGUGGAGAACCAAGUCUUUGCCUCCAAAUAUCCGUCUGCGUGCAGCAUUUUAUAAGAAACAUCAUUAAAGUAUUUAAUCCCAUCGUCCGGACCGGAUGCCAGAUAGUUAAAAAUCUGCAUUAUUAUCAACAUUGGACGAGUGUUGCUGCAUUAAUCCUUCAUGAUUAAUCUCAUUUAUGCUCCAGUCUGCAGGUGUGAAAGGUCACCUGCCACUCAUUUCAGUCGAACUGAAGUUUUUAUUUCCAGCAGCGUUUACAGCAGGCUGUGCUUCAGGUGUCGAAAUGUGAUAUAUCAUUGUGAUAUAAAACGACUGAUUUUAAACUUUAUUGCAGGUUACAAGUUAGUUCAUUGAUUUAAUGAAUAAUAAUGUUAUUUCAUCGCAUGAGAGAUUUUCCCCACGAUGCCUGUCAGGCUCCAUGUAAUCCAGCACGACAUGUGUGUGUGCUAACAUCCACCACUACCUCGGUGAGGCGGGACUGAACAUACCUGCUGUCUGCAGACCUGGUGCGAUCAGCAGCUGCUGCUUCCUUCGUGGCGUUUAGUGCUGAAUCCUCUGAUCAGACGUUUGUUUUCAUGGGACAACAGAUCAGAGCAGAUCUCCUUUGUCGUCGUAGCUCUGAGUUGAUUCUCCGACGUCUUCGCAGUCGUUUCCAGGCUGAAGCCACAUCCUCGAGGACUGAACUGCUCCUCAGUGCUAACCUCACUUUCUGCUGCCUUUCAGACUUAAAGGAUAACUUUUGUUUUUUACAACCUGGACCUUAUUU